AUGGAUGACCUGCAGGGAGCUGAGCUCUGCUACCCUCAGCUCCUGAACUUGUCUUGUAGGGGUUUAAUGCGCCCUUACUCUGAGGCUAUCUUCCUCUACACUCUGCUCUCCUUUACUGCCGCCCUCACUGUUAUUCUCAACCUGCUAGUUAUCAUCUCCAUCUCCCACUUUAGACAGCUUCACACCCCAACUAACCUGCUCCUGCUCUCCCUGGCCAUCUCAGACCUCCUCGUUGGGCUGCUGGUGAUGCCAGUGGAGACAGUGCGGUUCAUAGAAACCUGCUGGCUGCUGGGAAAUCUCAUGUGUGCUCUGUCUUACAUUGUGGGUUUCACUCUUACCUCAGCAUCUGUGGGGAACAUGGUGCUUAUUUCAAUUGAUCGCUAUGUUGCUAUUUGUUAUCCUUUGCAGUACUCCAACCAAGUCACGCACAGACGGGUGAAGCUGUCUGUGUGUCUGUGCUGGGCCUGCUCAUUUCUCUACAAUGGGCUCAUUUUAAAGGACCAUCUCAGACAGCCGGACAGGUAUAACUCCUGCUUCGGGGAGUGUGUGGUGGUGAUUAACUAUGUCUCAGGAACAGUGGACCUCGUGUUCACCUUUAUUGGCCCCUGUUUGGUUAUCAUUGUCCUGUACAUGAGGGUGUUUAUUGUAGCAGUGUCUCAAGCUCGGGCCAUGCAGAAUCAUGUUAGAGCAGCUGCGGUCAGGAAUGUCAGAAUCACUGCAAAGAAAUCAGAGAAAAAAGCAGCCAGGACUCUGGGUGUGGUCAUACUGGUGUUUUUGUUAAGUUUCUGUCCGUAUUACUACCCCUCUCUUUCAGGACAAGAUAUAUCAAACAGUGCUUCAUCAUGGGCCAUCGUGUCCUGGCUACUGUACUUUAAUUCUUGUUUGAACCCCCUCAUCUACGCUUUGUUCUAUCCCUGGUUUAGAAAAGCGAUCAAGUUUAUUGUUACACUUCAGAUACUCAAACAGUACUCCUCUCUGGCUACUAUAAUUUAA